AUCACGUGGUCGUUCACAGGACUACCGAACUUUUUUUUAACGGAAAGCGAGUGGCGAUAAUAAGCGCAUUAUCUUGUGUCAGCGGCUGCUGCGGAGACGGACAAGGAAACUUACAAUACUUAUAACAUUUAUAGCAUUUUAGAUAAACUGUUUCUUUUAACCUGUGGAGAUGUUCAACAACCUUCUCAGGGACUUUGAAGAAGACCCCUUCUUUGCGCGUUCUUCUUCUUCACCACUUUUGGAGCGACCAAAACACUUGCGCGUAUUUGCUGCCCCCAUCGGGUCCGGAAGAAUUGCGACCUUGGUACUUUCGUUACCUACGGUACCAAUUGAUCCUUUCCGCGCACACAGUGAACGCAUGCACCAAAUGGUGAGAGGUUUUUCGGAUCCCUUCAACCAUGGCUUCAUGCCCAGCAUCACAGACGGACAGGACAGAGGACGCAGGGGAGAAGGUCAGGCACGCACAAGUGUAGCCUCCCGCAACGAGCACAGAGACAUGGAUUUCUUCAGGAAUCCUUUUGCUAUGAUGGACAACAUGAUGGCAGGCAUGAGGAACAGAAUGGAGGACAUGCACAGAAACUAUGAGAAUGUGCCGUCAGACUCCAACACGCACGCGUUCAGCUCCUCCUCGGUCAUGACUUACUCUAAAGUAGGAGACGAGCCACCCAAAGUGUUCCAGGCCUCCAGCCAGACACGCUGUGUCCCCGGAGGGAUUAAGGAAACGAGACGGACUCUGAGAGACACUGAGAGUGGGGUAGAAAAGAUGUCCAUUGGUCACCACAUCAAUGACAGGGGACACGUCAUUGAGAAGAAACACAACAAAAAGUCAGGAGAAAGAGAGUUUAACCAGGACUUUCAAAACAUGGAUGAGACUGAAGCCCAGGCCUUCGAUGAGGAGUGGCAGCAGAAGGUAUCUAAAUUUCAGCCUGCGGCACAGCUGUCCCGUCUGGAGGGCCCGAGAGUCAGAGCAGCUCACCAAGCAGCCAUCACCGGCCCUGAACACGCACACAGAGGAAAAAAAACUAAACCAUCAGAAGGUGAGAAGAAAACACACAUUUCUGAGCUCAACAUUCAAGGCUCCAGCAUGAAGAAGUAGUAAAAACUUUACAAACUGAAAUAAAACUCUGGCAGGAAACAUCUCCCUGAUGAUUUUCAUUUUUGAAUUCA